AUGCAGCAGUGCGUUGUGGUGAUUGGGGCAGCCGUAUUGUGCUUGGCCAGCUGCGGUGGUGCUCAUGCGAAGGCAACGCUAAAGGAAGACAUGCGUGGGGAUCUGCACGUGAACACAUCCAAUCCGACGCAGCGCGUGCUCCUGAAUGGCGUGGAUGUGGUGGCGCGUGUGCGAGACGCAGAGCUGCGUGCAGAGGUUGCCCAGCGCCGUCUCACACAGGGACUGUGCGCGCUCAACUCGAGCCUGCACGCGGUUGACAUCACAUCACUGACAACCCCCGUCAUGGCGAACAAGUGGUCGGACGCCGUGCUGGCGCCCAACGGCAAAAUCUACGGCGUGCCCACCAACUCAGACGUCGUGUUUAUCCUGGACCCAACAACCCUGAGCUUGGACCUCACCACCAUCACGGGCCUCGGGACUGGAUACAAGUGGGCAAGCGGCGUCGUGGGUCCUGAUAGGAAGAUCUAUUGCACCCCACAGCACGCCGACCACGUCCUCAUCAUCGACCCAGCCACCAACACCAUCGACAACACCACCUUGACUGGCUUGCCUGCCAACACUGACGCGUGGGAAUCUGCCGUGCUCGCCGACAACGACAAGAUCUACGCUGUGCCAGAUGGGGCCACGUCUGUCCUCAUCAUCGAUGCCCUGGCCAAGACCACAGACACCACGACCCUGGGUAACCUCCCGGCCACGGACAACAAGUGGUUCGGCGCCGUGCUCGCUGGCCCUGACGACAACAGGCUCAUCUACGGCAUCCCGGGCACGGCCACAUCCGUGCUCAUCAUCGACCCCCUCACCAACACCGUUGACAUGACGACAAUGAUGGGCUUCAGCGAAACGCUCAAAUGGCACGGCGGUGUGCUGGCGCCGAACGGCUACAUCUAUGCCAUCCCCUGGUCCUCGCAAACCAUGCUUCGCAUCGACCCGGCCUCCUACACCUACACACUCAUCGACCUUGGCCCGCUUCCAUGCUGCGCAGCGAGGUGGCGCGACGGCGUCAUCGCCAAGAACGGCAAGCUGUACGCGCUGCCAGCUUACAGCAAGGCUGUGCUCAUCUUUGACCCUGAGACGGAAACGGCAGACACGACGACCAUCACAGACCUGCCCAUUGGCUCUUACAAGUACAACGGGGCUGUGAUUGCGGAUGAUGGUACCAUCUUUGGCGUCCCUUACACCUUCACUGAGUUUCUCAUCAUCAACCCCCUUUGCGGUUGA